UCCUAUCAAGCUCUCUUCGCUAUCAUCAUCAUUAUUUUACAGAAAAUCAAUCAAACAGCCAAACAGCCAAAGAAUACUCUUAUAAGCCCAAAAUCAAUCAUAUAAUAGAAUAGAAUAGAAUGACAAACUUGAAUAUUGUAAUUGUUGGAGGUGGUUUUGCUGGUGUCAGAAUGGCCACUGCCUUGGAAUCAACCAUAGAAAAAACCAAAGAGAAAUACACGAUUAUUUUGGUAGAAAAGAAAUCUCACUUUUACCAUUCAAUUGCCGGACCUCGCUCAACUGUCGAUGAAAUCGAAGAAAGACUCUUGGUUCCUUACACCAAUCUAUUCAAAAACAAGCGUAACCAAGUAAUACAAGCCUCUGCCAUUCGUUUUGAAGAACAUAAGCUUUAUUUGGAUAAAGAUGUCAAAAACUACGGAACUUCUAUUGACUUUGCUUAUUUGAUUAUCGCAAGUGGUACAGACUAUGCUGCUCCUUCCAAAAUGCCAGUUGUCAACUAUGAAGAUUGUUUGUCUUAUAUUAGAACUGCUCGUAAGCAAAUCACGAAUGCAGAAUCUAUCCUAAUUAUCGGAGGUGGACCUGUUGGUGUUGAAUUGGUGGGCGAAAUCCGUGACAAGUUCAGUCCCAAACAAAAGAAGAUUACAUUGGUACAUAGCGGAGGAUCCGUGGGAGGCCAUAUUAUGCCUCAAAAAUCGAAAAACAAGGUGCUCAGCCUUUUCAAAGAAUCUCAAGUUAACCUUAUCCUCAACGACCGCGUAAUACUACCCGAGUCUGCUCCCUUGUCUACGGCCUUUAUCCCUGAUGAGCCAAUCAAGACCGAAAAGGGAGAGACUAUCAAUGCUGAUUUGGUACUGAUCGCAUAUGGAAGCAAACCCCAAUCAGGCUGGGUAAAAUCUAGUUUCCCUGAUACUGUUUCUAAAGAAGGAUACAUCGAUGUAAAGCCUACCCUACAGAUAAAUAAGGCUGGGCUGGAACACGUCCUGGUUUUGGGUGAUGUUGCGGAUCUCAAAGAGACCAAGAUGGCUUACCGUACUGAACCGCACGUUGCUGUUGCUAUUCAAACCAUUAAGAGCUUGUUCGAAGGCAAGAAACCUACCAAGGAGUACAAAUCUGGACCCAAUAUGAUGGUUGUCACAUAUGGAAAGUAUCAUGGAACUGGUAUGCUUCCUAUAUUUAACAUUACUGUCGGUGACCGUGUCACUAGUCUGGUAAAAGGAAAAACUCUAUUCAUUGAUAAAUCCUGGGCUUCCCUGAACUUAACUCCUCCUUCAAGCAACAGUAAUGAUGGUAAAGAUGAAGAUGAAGAUGAAUUUUAUUAG